UCCCUCUCCGGAUUGUUGCAACGUUCCAUCCGCUGCUUGCUCGCCGACGUUCCAAAGCAGGCCGCGGACGUUCGAUCGGCAGCAGCAGCAGCAGCAGCUCCUCGGAUCCUUUUCCGCCCUUUCCCCCCUUUCUUUCAAUCCGCAUCCUCCGGCUCCCACGCUCUCCCGUCUCUUCCCCCCUCACGUGUCCCGGGCUCCCAGCUGGGGAAGGAGGGGAGAGAGAGAGAAUCUCUCGCUCUCUUUCCUCCUCACAUGACCCGAGUGUUUGUCCCCGUGAUCAGCGCCUCGGCUCCCGUGUCUCCUCCGCGUCCCCUCUACCUCCAUCCGGCGUGAGAUUUAAACUUCGUCCCCUCCCUCCUCCCCUCCCGCCCCCUUCUCCCCCUGGUGCUGCGGGGGUCUUUCCCCCACCCCCUCUCCCUCCCCCCUCCCUUUCCCCCCCUUCCCUUCUCCCCCCAUGGACAUGCUGGAUCCCGGCCUGGACACAGCCACCGCCUCCGCUGCAUCCAGGUAAGGGGGGAAAGAUCCCACGACACCCCCAUUUAGCAGGGCGGGGGGGCUACGGCACCCAGCCUUCCCUCUCUUCUCGGGCCUAGCGAGGGUGGGGGAGGGGAGAGGGAAACAGCCAUGAUCCUCCUGCGGCGGCAGCAGCAGCGGCGCAGAGAGAGUGGGGGAGAACAAAAUGGAGGACGAGGCAGAGCUUAGGCUCUCCGGGACGGGGAAGUGGGACGAGGGUGGGGGGGACACGGCAAUUCCAGGGGACGUGACCUGGGUCUGAGAACUGGGUGUCUGGAAUAAAAGGGAAAGUGUGUGUGGGGAGAGAGAGAGAGGUUGUGAUCAGGAGGACUCCGUGCCAUUGUAGGGUGAGAAGCAACGGGACACCCCCCCCCAAAAGAAAAACCCCACACUCGCACACGCACCGUCUAAGAUCUGAAAUGCAUUGUUUGGAGGGCUGGGGAAGGGGAAGAUAAAUCUUGGGUUUGUGUGCAUUUGGAGAGGGGUGGGGGUGGGGAAAGCAUUCAAUGUUUUGGUGGGGGGAGGGCGGACACAAAACACUGAUUGGCAGGUAAGGGCUGGGAACGGGGGUAAGUGACUCUGAGCAGGGAGGAGGCUGCCAGGGUGAUCAGAAAAAGUGGGGGUGCGAUUGUGGGCUGCAAAGGAGAGGGAGUGAUGGGGGUGGGGAGAGGGAGAGGGUGUUAAGCUGAGAGUCCAGCAGUGUGUUGUAGUGGUUAGAGACUCGGGGUUAAAUUCCGACAUUGACACCCCCAGGUGCUCUUGCUGCCUAACCCUACAUCACAGGUUUGUUAGGAUUAAAAUGUGUGUGGGUGUGUACACAUUGCAUUCCUCAUUCUCCUACCCCAGCUCCUUAGUGCAGGCAUGGGGAAUGUGUAGCCUUGCUUUGGGCUGCAGCACUCACCAUCCCCAGCGAGGGUUAAUGGGACCGUGACUGCUGGAGAGAGGGGUGCUGGGAGUCCUCCAUCACAGCAGCCCAGGGGUCAGAUGUCCCCCAGCCUUGCCUCAGUAGAAGGAUGGAAGAAAGUAAGAAAAAGGCCUGGCGGGCUUAGCAACAUGGUUCCUUCACUGCGAACAGAGGACCAAACACCACUUCAUCCGCUGCUGUUUCUGGGGGUGUUGUGUGAACACCUAAUGUUCAUCAAGUGAGCACCUAUGACAUGCGGUCGUGACCACUGUGCAUGGUGCAUACAUUAUUGGAGAACUGGGAUUGGCUGCUGCGUUUCCUUGAGAAAGAUACACACCUGGUGGGAAAUCCAAAAAUACUGCAGUGCAAUGCGGUCUGUGUUAGGACAACCUUCCCCAACUUGGUGACCUCCUGCGCUUGUGGGACUGCAGCUGCCAUCUUCCCUGAUCAUUGACCAUGCUGCCUGGUGCUGAUGGGAGUUGUAGUCCUAAACAUCUGGAGGGGCACCAGGUUGAGGACGGCCACCCUAGGAAUAGUCUUUGUUUCCUUCCGGGUUGCAGUUCUGCUUCAAGGAGGGCCGUCUACUCUGCGGCAGUUGGGCAGAACAGCCAGUGCAGAAUUGUGCUGUGCCUUGACACUCCCCUCCCAUGGCUCCGCUCACCUAUGGUGAACAAAACUGGAUUCCAGGUGACCAGGCAGUGAAAGUUCCAUAAUUUAGAAGAGAGGGGGCUUAACCAUGGGUAUGCCACAAAUGUCUAACAUGAGCUAUGUGUUAGGCUGGUAAGAGCAACUGUAGGCAGUAAUAUUUGUGAAUCCGAUUUGCAAGACUGGGUUGUUUCACAGAGAAACAAGGGCGGUUACAUUAGCAUCCUGGAAUUUGCCUCCUGGGUGAACGCAUUUGGGAGGGUAAAAGGUAGAGUCCCUAGCUGAUUGUUGGGACUGUGUGAGGAGAGGGUUCAUAUAGAAAGGAGUGGUCCACUGAAUGAACCCUGGGAAUCCAAGCUCUCUUCAUUUCAUCUACCUAGUUUGUUGUUGUUGCUAUUGUUAAACCAUUGGGAGUUGGAAAUCUUUGCUGAUCUACUGCACAUGCAGAUCAGCCUUAUUUAGGGCUGCCAUCAUACAUCCAGGUUUUUCUGGACACAUCUGGGAAUCGGGCUGCAGAAUGGCAUCUGGGCCAGCCUUUCUCAACCUGUGGGUCCCCAGAUGUUGUUGAACUACAGCUCCCAUCACCCCUAACUAGCAAGGCCAGAGCUUAGGGAUGAUGGGAGUUGUAGUCCAACAACAUCUGGGGACCCACAGGUUGAGAACCACUGAUUCUGGGCAGAUUUUUGCUGAAACGGCAACAUGUCCAGAAAAACCCGGACAUAUGGCAAGUAGGGCGAUUAUUACAGUCAUACCUUGGGUUACAGAUGCUUCAGGUUGCGUUUUUUCGGGUUACAGACCCGCCAAAACCCGGAAGUAGCGGAACAGGUUACUUCCGGGUUUUGGGGGUCGUGCAUGCGCAGAAACGCCAAAUCGCAACCUGUGUGUGCGCAGACGUGCCGCUGCAGGUUGCAAACAUGCAUCCCGCAUGGAUCACGUUCGGAACCCAAACGUCCACUGUAUUAGUAUUUUUUAAUGCUUAGUAAAUCCAAGAAAAGCACCAAAACAUUUUUUGGGUGAGGGAGAUGUUCCCCCCAGAAUACUCAACAACGUGUUUUAAAAUGGACCUGUAUAGAUUGGUUGCUAUUCUUCACCGCUCUAUCCCUGAUGUAAUGUGUUGAUUUGCUUGAUAUCACCCAUGACUUCUUCCCAGAGAGCUUUCCUUCAGUAGAACACACACACUCUCUCUGUAUGUAUAGAGUUUCCUGGACCUUUCGCCCAUCCAUGCACAGGCUUUCAGCAAUAUUUGCUGCAUCAUGUGCAUUCAGACAUUAUUGUGUCGAGGUGGGGGGACCACCAGGGGAAAGAUGCACAGAGGCCGGCAGGAUAACAGCUUCCUUGAGGAAAAGCGGCUUUUCUGAGUUUGGUGUUCGGGACGUUAGACUGGACCUGGAGAGACACCUGGGCUCAGAUCAUCGCUCAGUCACAAAAUUCACUGAGUGACCUUUGGGCCAGUCCCUUUUGGUCUACUCAAUCUACCCCAAGGCACAGUGAAGAGGAUAAGAGUGGAGUGGGGAAGCACUGCAUUAACUUCCCUGAGCCUUGAAGGAAGAGUAAGAUUUUUUAAAAAAAGCUAUAACAUGAAAUAAUUCAGCGAAAUACUAGGGUGGUUGCCAUAGGUGACCAGGAAUUACAUGUAGGUGAUCCAUGGAACUUCAUGCAAGUGAAUAGUUGGGCUAGAGAAAGAGGGACAGGGUGCUUCUUGCUCCCGUGUCAGGCGUGUGUGUGUGUAUUUGCAGAUUUGUCAUUUUUGUGGUGAUUUGUAAGGCUGAUGGUGUGUAUAUACAUACAGUGGACGCUCGGGUUGCGAACGUGAUCCAUGUGGGAUGCACAUUAGCAACCUGCAGCGGCGCGUUUGCGCAUGCGCAGGUUGCAAUUUGGUGCUUCUGCGCAUGCGUGACCACCAAAACCUGAAUGUAACCUGACCCGGUAUUUCCAGGUUUCAGCUGGUCCUUAACCCGAAAAAACGCAACCUGAAACGUCUGUAACCCGAGGUAUGACUGUACUGACUUUCAGGCUCAAAAAUCACACUGUUAGCCACUCUUAGACCCCAGAGUGUUGGCAGAUUUGUGCAGAUGUUGCUCAGGCUCCCAUCACCCUUGACCACUGGUCACGUUGGCUGAGGCUGCUGGGAUUUGAGACUCCCACCAUUACCCGGAGGGACCCAAGUUAGCCACCUCUGUGCUUCCUCAGCUCUUGGCAGCGGUGGAAGGUGAACAGACAGGCAGGCAUCUCUUAGACGCUGUCAACAGUGGUGAGGCCUAGCCCUGUUGGUGAGAUAUAAGAGAAAUCGUAAUAGGGGUUGCUACCCCAGAUUCUUCUUCCCCUUCCCCUUCCCCCUCUUAAACUCCCGGAAUUGAUUGGGGGCAUUUACCGGGGUUUAAAUAAGGAGAGAGAAAGCUCCUAAGCAGGGGUGGGCUGUGUUGUGAACAGAGAGAAGCAUGACUUGACGGGAGAUGCCAGAGUUAUCUCAUGUGAUUGUUGGUGAUGCCAGGAGAACCAUUGGAAGCUGCUUAUGUAGUGUCAGGGGUGGGGACGCCUCAGGCCUUGGUGGGGAGGGAAAAUGCCUCCUUCCAGCCCUCUUCGGGACUCUCUCCAGGACGCUACCCUUCUCACGAGCCCUACUUUGCACCCUCCGUGGGUGUUCUUACCUGGCUGGAAUGGGUCCUUGGGAUCCAGCAAUGCCUGGAAUGUCACAUAGAGAGUGGAAUGCGUCUGAGAAGCAUAUCUGCUCCACACUGACUGGCAACAGCUCUCUCGGGUUUUAGGCAGGCGUUCUCUCCCCUUAAAAGUAUCUGGGGAGGCCAGGGAUUGAGCUUGGGAUCGUUUGCAUGGAGAAUAUGUGCUCUGCCACUGACCUGUCACCUUUUCCCCGGCUGUCCCUUUCCCAGAAAAGGCCAUGAAAGCAAGGAGAGGGACUGCGCUUAUGAGAUCGAGGAGGCAGUAAAGGGAGGUGGGGAUGAAGAGUCUUGCGAGUUCUAGCGCUCAGCGUAUUGGGGAGGGGUUGGCCAGAUUGGGGGGGGCCUCCGGGCAAAAUCUUACCUGAUGGACCCCUUUAUAGGCCCAGACGAACGUACCUGGCUGUGGCACUCUAGACAGCGCCAGAGCCAUAACUAGGUGAUCUUGCGCCCCUGGCGCCCCCCCAGCCACAGACAAAUUAGCUCUUCUUUCCGCCUCUCCUCCAACCCCCGUCCCUACACCCAUUCAAUUUAGCCUCUAUUUAAAAAUAUUUCUUAUGAGGCAAUAAUCAAUAUUUAUAUUUAUGGACAUAUUUUUAGCCAUUUUUUGGGGGGGGCCAUCACUUGCCUCCCUGGCGGGGGCCCACCUCACCACCCCCUAGCUACGGCCCUGGACAGCACCAGGCAGCUUCGAGCUGCAGUCCAAGGGCAUCUAGAGGGUCAAUCCUGAUGCAGGGCAGACAGAGAACAAUCCCUGUGGUUUGCCCCCAACAUCUGGUCUCUGAGUUUCCAUGGCUAGUCAAGAUGACCUUGACAUCAAUGUCAGCUCUGCAUCAGCGGUCUUCCCAGAAGUGCGUGCCAGUCACAUAAACCCAAUUUUAUUGAGACCUCCCGUAAGUGCCAUUCUCUCUUCUGUACUCAAGUUCCCACAUCUUAUCCACAAAGAUUGCUUCUCCUCCCGCCCCCCAACCCGGCCACCGCCCCAAACUCAGCUGCUAUCCCCACAGGAGGUGAGAAUAAUUAGAACCCUGUUAUGUACCAGGCAGUAAUAAAACGAAGGGCUCCAUCUAUUUUCUGUCUGUUCUAGUCAUCCUUUUUUAUUAUUAUUUAAAAAACCACCCUUGCGUCUAGUGUGCCCUACAUGCUUUCAGCUGAGUAUAUUGGGGAUGGGAAGAAGUGGAAAGGCAGGGUCCCCCAGGGGUAGGGGUGGGUGACGGAAUAGAGGCCCAGGUGCCAUGAUGUCUCAGUGAAGCUCAAAUGACUCAUAGAAUCACAGAAUUGUAGAGUUGGAAGAGGGACCCCAGGGGUCAUCUAGUCCAACCCCUGCAAUGCAGGACAGCUUCUCCAGGAUGGUGGCUGCCAAACGUUUUGAACUCUCAGCUCCCAACAGCCCUUGCAGGCGUGAUGGGAGUUAUGGUCCAGCAACAUCUAGAGGGAUGCAAAUUUCGGGACAGGUGAAGAGCCUACUGGAUUAGGCGGGUGGUCCAGCAUCCUGCUCAGGUGGGGAAAUUAGAAUUAAAAAGAACUCCUGCCUUUCCUGCUACCCAUUGUAUCAACACUGCAACACCUACACUGAAUUCCUGGAUAUCAUAAUAGUUGGAGUUUUGGGGCGGCAGGGGGAUGGUUAGCAGCAAAUCACUUCUCCAGUGGCGAAGAACCAAAAUAAAAGGUUUUUGAAUGUACCAAGAAGUUUUGUAUUCGGGCAAUGGAUGUGUCACUCCUCUUUAUUGUCUAGAUCAGCCUUUCACAACCUGUGGGUCCCCAGAUGUUGUUGAACUACAACUCCCAUCACCCCUAGCUAGCAAGGCCAGAGCUCGGGGAUGAUGGAAGUUGUAGUCCAACAACAUCUGGGGACCCACAGGUUGAGAACCGCUGGGCUAGAUCGUUUAAUAAAAUGUCAGUCAUUGGUGUGGCUUUGUUCAUUGGCUAGAAACACUGAAAGGCAUGAGCUAGGCUAGUUUCUCCCCAAACAAGUGGAGAAAAUAUCUCCUACCCAUUUUGCCACAGGUCUUUGGCUUUCUCUACAAGCAGCUUACAAUAGCUGAGUGCCUGGUGAUUAUGACUCACCCAGGAGGAAGGGGAUUUAACUGUUGCCCUUGCCCUGCUCUGCUGGUGCCCCCUCUGUGGUGCAAUGGGUCAAUGUGUUUGGCUGUUAACCAGAAGGUUGAUGGUUUGAGCCCACCAUGGGAUGGUUGUGGGCAGAAUUCCUGGAUUGCAGGGAUUCAUACUAGAUGACCCUCGGGUCCCUUCCAACCCCAUAAUUCUAUCAUUCAAAGAGCAUCUUGGGAUCUGAGAGCAAGGAAGGCAAGGCCUGAGUACCCAUCUGUCCCUUGAGAAUCUCCUUGGUUGUCCAUCUGAGCUGCAUUCCUGGGCUGCCAGAAAGGACCUUCUCCAUGGUAGAGUCUGGGCUGGGACUAGCUACCAUGGUGGCUUCCAGGCAUUGCAGAAUCCAACUCCCAUCUGCCCUGCCAGGGAUGAUGGGCGCUGUAGUCCACAAUAUCUGGAAGGUACCUCAUUGGCUACCCUUCACCCAGGGUUUAGAGCAGAGUUUCCCAAACUUGGGUCCCCAGCUGUUUUGGGACAACAGUUCCUUGACCACUGGUCCUGCUAGCAUGGAUCCUGCAAGCUUAGCCCUCCAGAUGUCGUUGGUUUUCAACUCCAUUGUCCUUCACCAAUGAUGGAAGUUGGUGUCUGAAGGGCGCCCUGUUGGCUAGUCCUGGCCUGGACUCUGCCCUCUCUGGCAUCCCAGCAAGAUCCUGGCAGUCAUGAUCAUCCCUGUGGUUGGGGAUGAUGGGAUCUGGAGGGUCGCAGGUUCCCUACUACUGUUUUCGCACUCCCUUCCUAGGAAGGCCCACCACACACUUCCAUCUCGAGUCUGCGGCUAUGUAGACCCGUUUCGUUUCACUCGUUGACUUUCCAAAUUCCAGUGAGCGUUGGCCAUGCUGAUGGGGCCUGAUGGGAGGUGGAGUCUAGGAAAAACAACACCAUGGUCUAGGAGUCCCUGGCCCCUAAGCACCUCCCUGGACCACAUCCAUGGUAUACCUAUAACACAACCCUGAACUCUAACCCUUAAGAAGGAUAUGGAGGUGGCAUCCUCUGAAAAGCUUUUGAGCUCUUUAACCCAGUCUUUUGUCUCUGCGUUGGGCACCUUUCCUUGGCGUCUCGAUGCCAUUCCUGCUCUGCGCCAACGUCCUGCCGAGAUACGAGCCUUAUCUCCCUCUGCCAGCGCGAAGAAUUAAGAUAGCCAAAUGCUUUGCAGCGCCUCCGUAGCUGCAAGGCCGGGCGGUGUGUGCCUUCCUUUAUCCUGUCUCCGUCAAAGCAAAAAGAGGAUAUUAACACCGAACCCUCGUGGCAGACAUCAGCGCAGGGAUCUCUGGCUUUCAGGAAUGCGCGGGCUGAAUAUCAAGCUUCCUUGUCACCGAUAGCGAGCAGGAAGUGAGGUUGUGUUGCUGCCCACGCCAGAGAACAGGGCUGGGUUUCUAGGCUCCGCACUGUGAGAUAUUUGUAUUGGGCAAAGCAGGGGCUGUUAAAUCAGUGGGAGAAGAGCUUGGCAGAGGGCGUUUUAGGGGCAUUCUGUUGCCCAGGCAGUGUUAUAAUUCUGCAUGGAGGGCAGUGGAAUUCUGGAGCGUCUUGUGCAAAUGAAAGUUGGUCUCGUCUGCACAGAAUUCCUCUUAUUUUAUGCAAUUCUGUUCCUUUUAUUUUAUGCAAUUCUAUUCUGCAAUUGGGAAUGAAUGAAUGAAUCUUUAUUUGCAUCAGCCACCAGCCAUAGCAAUAAUCAAAAUGUGGUGUACAGAGGAUAAAGGUAAAAAGUCAAUUACAGUGGUACCUUGGGUUACAUACGUUUCAGGUUACAUACGCUUCAGGUUACAGACUCCGCUAACCCAGAAAUAGUACCUCGGGUUAAGAACUUUGCUUCAGGAUGAGAACAGAAAUCAUGCUCCAGCGGCGCGGCAGCAGCAGGAGGCCCCAUUAGCUAAAGUGGUGCUUCAGGUUAAGAACAGUUUCAGGUUAAGAACGGACCUCCGGAACGAAUUAAGUACUUAACCCAAGGUACCACUGUAUAUAAAAUGCAUUUUGGGGGUUUGGGGCAAUAGUGAAAUAAUGGGUCUUAUUUUAAUUGCCCUGGCUAAAAACCUUGCAACCUUUGCUGCUCAUCUUUAUCUGCCAAGGCAAAGGACACUAUAACAGUGGUUGGGCAACCCGGAGUGGACUAUAAUAGAGGGGUGAUAUCCUCACUCCUCAAAUCUUUAUAAAGAGUGCAAGCCACAAGGACAUGAACCACUGAUUAAGUACUGCCAUCUCCCCAGGGACAUAACCGUGGAAUUUUUUGGAAUCAUCCCCCAUGUACAGCCAAAGGCGUUAUAUUCAGUCUUGCAGGAGUAAAAGCACAAUUCUUGCUCCUACAUUUUCCUCUGGUCCCAUUUGCGCUGGACAUUUAAAGCAGCAUCAUGCAACUUUAAACAGUCACAACUUUCUCCAAAGAAUCAUAAGGAGGUGUCAUGUAUUCCCACAACCACAGAGCUAAGAUUUUCAGAGUUCCCCACGAAGAGGGGUUGAUUUUUCAAUUACUUUGGGAUGGGUAGCUCUGUGGGGUCUCCUAAAAACACUCUGAAUAAACUAUGCUCCCCAUAUUUCUUUGGGGAAAGCCAUGACUGUUCAAAGUACUAUCAUAGUGCUAUAAAGGUAUGGGAUGAAUGCGGACUACCGUUCUUCUGAAUGAGCUUUUGGAAGGGAGCAAGACCAAGAGCUUAGAGCUUUGCAGGCUUAGAUUCUAUUUCAGCUGACAGUUCUUUUUCUUCUCUCUCUCUCUCUCUCCCACCUCCCUUUGUGUUACAGCCACGAGAAAGGUCAAGAAGGUGAAGAGGGAGUCGAGCUGCAGGAAGGUGAGGAGGGGUCCUGGGCUGGCCCAGAAAAUGCCCAGCCAACCUGCGUGAGCAAGUUGUAGCCCCCGCUCGGGGAGGGAUUUCUACCGCCAGGGCACCACCCGAUAAGUAAGGCGUACGAAAUGUCUGUCUGUGAACAAAGCUGAAUCUCUGGCCUCCUCCUGUCUGGAUCCCACGGGGGCAGUGUGUUGGCAGCUGGAACCCCAAAUCUCCCCGACGCCCUGCAGACCCACACAGCCCUAGAGCCCCUCUAGCAUCUUGUCCUACACUCAGACGCAUCAUGCACAAGAUGUGUGGCGAGGGAAAGAGGAGGGGAGCAAACCCUUUCUUGCCAUUCGUACGUCAGGGUUCGUCCUAGUGCAUUUGCACUUCACAGAGUUUUGUGAGCAAGAAAUAAAGGUCCCUGCCCCAGAGAGGUUUCAGUCGACCACCACCUUGCUGUUGUUAUUCCCUCCUCCUUUUCCUUCAAGAUGUUCAGGGAAGCAUACACAGAGAUUCCUCUCUCUCUCUCUCUCUCUCUUGCACAGACAAACACACUUUUGCCAUCACAACAACCCUGUGAGGUAGGUUCAGCUGAGAGGGUGGGUGGUCUGAGGUCACUUCAUAGAAGUUAUAUGAGCCCAGCCUGAACAUACUCUUUGCUCCUUCAUAUUCUCCACAGUUUAGACUCCUCGGCCUUUGGUGGAUAUUUAAUGUUAUCAAAAUAGCUGUCCUUCCCACAAGGUAGUGACUGUGUGCUAAGUAGCAGCCUGCACUAAGGCACAUUUUGUGGACAGGAUGUAGGUUUCUAGAAUGACGUAAAUGAAAGGGAGGUUGAAACUAGUUCAGGGUUUUAAAUUCUGGAGUGGCAGGUUGUAUAAAUAAACCCACUACAUGACUGAGAUCAAGAGUGUGUUGUGUUGUGUGGCCUGGACUGUUGCACCCCCCCCUCCCAAAUCUGAUGGGUUCCCCUGCGAGAGGACACCCCAGUAACCAAGCAGAGCCGCAGUCGCCAGAGUGACACCUCCACCGAGUUUGGUUCAAAAAAGGCAUUUCAUUAUAGGCAAGAGAAUAGGCUGUGGCAUGAGGGUUGAUGCCCACAACAGCUGAUGUUAUUAAUAUCAUUAUUAUCAGGAAGUCUGGGAUAGCUCAGUCAGUAGAGCAUAAGACUCUUAAUCUCAAGGUUGGGAGUUUGAGCCCCACAUUGGGGAAAAAGAUUCAUGGGUUGGACUAAAUGACCCUUGUGGUCCCAUCCAAAACUAUGAUUGAUUUGUUUCUUACCACAAAAAUGUCUCGAAGCGAUGAGUACAAAAUCGUACACUAUAGAAGAUUUAAACUGCACCAGAAAAAUAAAAAGAACCUUAACUGAACGAACUGAAAGUGCUUAUCUCUCAAUAGCAUAAAAAGGACCCACCCUACUAAAUGAUGAGCACUGAUGCAGGCUGGGAUAUAAUCAUACCCUGUGACCCCAAUUAUGCUUGGGUAAACAGGAACACCUUUGGCACUUAAAGGUUAAUCCUGAUGUCGCCAGGGGGAUGGCAUUCCGCAGUUGGGGAGCCACCACUGAGAAGGCCCAUUCCAGGUCACAAAUGUGCCUGUUAGCCCCCAAAUGGCUGGCAAACCCCUGCAGCAGCAACGACAACACCUGUGUCAAUGAGGCUGGUGUGUCGCUAGGGAGUGGCCCAAAGCUGGCAGUAAUCAAUUUCCUUUCUCUCUUUCCCAGGAGACGGCACAAAUGCGGAUGAGCAGACUGCAGUGGCCAUCGCCAGCGUCCAGCAAGCAGCCUUCACAGACCAUAAUAUCCAGUACCAGUUCCGCACAGAGAACAAUGGAGGACAGGUAGCAGAACCCUCGUCAGGGAGCUUGGCUUUUAACUGCGUGGGUACGGCGGAAGGGGUAAGAGCUUCAGGCGCAAGGGCAUUGGCCCCUGGGCGGCUUCCCGCUGCCGACUGGCCAGUCGUCACAUUCCGAGGAGUCACACGGUGUGGCGCUCGUGGGACCGCACCAUUUCAUUAUCGGGGGGGGGGUUGUGCGUGUCAUUGCAUGAUUGAAUAUAUUCCCCAAAUGUCUAGUCGCAGCAUUGCCCACAUUAUUGGAGUGGGGUGGGGGGGUCCCUAUAAAACCCGCAAGCUCCAACCGUUUAUUCUCAACCCCUCCGCUUCAGUUUAGCCAAAUCACAGACUCGUAAAAUUGCAGAGUUUGGAGGAACCCCGACAGUCCAACCCCCUGCAAUGCAGGAAUCUCAACUAAAGCAUCCAUGACAGACAGACACCCCUUGCCUCUCUAUCGGGAGGACCAGAAGGACAUGAUCACUUCCUCCCAAGGUUCCCAGUACUUCCAAAUUCGCCAGUCAGUUCCUCCCUGUUGGUGAGGACCAGGCCCAAGACAGAUGAUCCCCUUGUUGCCUCUCACAUUUUGGGAAAUGAAAGUGUCUCAGUUAUAUGCCUCAGUAACAUUCCAAGAAGAACCAUUACGAAAGAUGGGGGACAAACCCGCAUCACAAAAGGUGGGGACACCCCCCCCACCCCUGGUAGCUCUCAAGCAAUGGUUCCACUUUCCCUGACAUAAUAACUUUCUGUAUGCAGAAUUCUGUGCUUGCUUUCACGUGAGGAAAUGGUUGGUCUUCUUCAUUUAUUAUCACCCAGGAGAAUCCCUGAAGGGCUUGUAGCAGUGUGUUUCUUCUCUUGAGUAAAUCUCCUCUGGCUUCCGGAGAUUUUAGCAGAUGUUGCCAUAACCUUAAGAACUAGAAAAUUGUAUUUAUGUGUUGUUGUUUUUUGCUGUCGUUUAGUUUGGCCAGUGUCCAGAUUAUGAGUCCCAACAGCGCAAGGAUUUCCACUGGAACAGCAGAACUUCCACCCCACCUCACAGGCCACACCCUCCUCAAGUCUACUCGGGAGGGCUGGGGGAAACCCAGAACAGGCUUAGGGGGCAAGGUGGUGGAAGCAGGGAGGAUGUACUGUUGCACAAGUGUAAAUCCUUGCGCUGGCACGAUUUGUUAGUUGGAUAUCGACCACUGAAAUACUCUAGGAUGCUAUAUUCGGUACCGUUCUCCAUUUUACUGUUUCUCCAGCUGAGGACCCUCGUUGCACACCAGGAAUGGUCGCAAUACAGACAUGCUUUGAUUUGACUUCUCUGUGGGACUGUCUUCCCCCUUGUCGAAUUCUGCCAAAAGACUGACUUCUUAUUUUGCUUCCUCGCUGCCAGGUGACAUAUAGAGUCGUUCAGGUGACGGACAGUCAGCUGGAUGGACAGACAGAUGCGACGGGGGCGGUCAGCGUGGUCUCGACGGCAGCUUUCACCAGUGGCCAACAAGCUGUUGCUCAGGUGAGAGAGAAACUUUAUUGGGGCCUAAAGGCGGCACCAGAUGCCUUGCUUUUUAGUGAUGUGUACUCCUUCCAUCCAGUUCAGUCCAUCAAUCAAGUUGUUGCUCCAGUCAGCAUACUUCACAAUAAGAGCUGUGUGUGUCAGAUAGCUCAUUAACAAAGGACACAGAUGAUCUCUUAUUAACAGAUAGAAGUGCUUUAUUACAUUGCUGUUCUUCUGAAAACAGUGGGUUCCUCACCUGCUGGCUGAUAACCUCUGUCCUUGUGGCUGCAUGCCUCCAUUUUGGCUACAUAAGGAUAACUGAUGUCUGUUGAGGUCCGCAUUUCUUUGGGGGGGAUUUGUUGAAGGUUGCGUUUGAACGGGAGGGGGGUGGACCAAAGUGAGCAAGUCUUUCCCCCUUUUUCUCCCUGUGCAGUGGGUUCCUGGGGGAGGAAUACAGUUGGUACCUCAGGUUACAGACGCUUCAGGUCGCAGACUCCACUAACCCAGAAAUAGUACCUCGGGUUAAAAACUUUGCUUCAGGAUGAGAACAGAAAUUGCGUGGUGGCGGCACAGCAGCAGCGGGAGGCCCCAUUAGCUAAAGUGGUACCUCAGGUUAAGAACAGUUUCAGGUUAAGAACGGACCUCCAGAACAAAUUAAGUUCUUAACCUGAGGUACCACUGUAGAUCUCUCCUCUCCGGAGAGCUGAACUGAUCUCUCGCAUGAUACUUCUCCUUCUCACCCCCCCCCCCAAAAAAUCUUCCUUCUGCUUCUCCAAUGUUUCCAUCUCCCUCCUCCUCAGCCCCCUGACUCUGUAUGUCCUGUGUUUAGCUUUCCUGGGUGAAGAUUUAACAUGACAGCCCUUAUCACUUGCCUCAAAUAAUCAAAAUUCCUUUUAACUUAUCCAGGACUGGCCUACUUUUUAUUAUUUUGGAAGGAUUUCCCACUCAAUGACCACAAGAGGGCAGUCCGAACCUGGAGCAUCCCAGUCAAUCCUCGUUCUGUGGCUUUCUGACUUUCUCAGAUCGCACUCUGGUGUUGAGAUGUUUUGGUUGACGCGCCAGCUGUGUCCCUAGAGGACUCUGCACUCUCUCCCAUUUGCAUUAGGAUAUAGUUCAGCAACUGGUGGCAGGACGCAGCUACUGGUCUCUCCCCAGUGCCCCAAACCAAAAAACCUUUCCUGCACACCUGUGUUUUUAUACGGAAAUCUGUAGACACCUGCCUUGGCCCAUUAUCCCAAGGAAUGUACUCAGUGGCUCAUUAGCACUUUAAAACAGUGCAACUAGAAAUUGUUAGCAAGGCUUAGUGGUAGAACAUCUGCUUUGCUUUCACCCCCCCCAAAAAAGUACACCUUAAUUUUAAAACCAUGUGCAUCAGGUCUAAUAAAUCUAGGCUGAAAAGAAAAGAGCUAUCUAUUAUUCCUCACUUGCAAGUUUUAUGAAAGGUUAAAUAAUAGAAUAACACGAAUAGCAAUCAUUAAGAGUGCAGCUGUUGACUAAGUGAUGAUUUUGUAAAAUGGAAUGCAAUUAGAAGUAAAGAAGAAUAUGAAUCGCAGUAAUAUAAGAUGAUAAGGAAGUAUCAGGAAUGGCGUGUGGAAAACCACUUAAACGAAUUUGUGAUACUUUGGAAACAAUUGGUAUAAUUGGGUUAAAAUUGGGAAAUCAGUAAAAAUAAUUGGAAAGAGAAGGAAAGGAAAGGAAAGGGAACGGAAGGAAGGACGAACGAACCACAGUCAAAGAGUGCUGGUUUUGACCUAAGAAGCCUUAAAUGGCUCAGAACCGCAAUACCUCAAGGACCGCCUCUCUCCAUAUGAACUGACCCAGACCCUGAGAUCAUCUUCUGAGGCCCUCCUUCGUGUGCCUCCUCCAUGUGAGGUCCAGAAGGUGGCAAUACAAGAAUGGGCCUUUUCUGUGGUGGCUCCCUGUUUGUGGAAUGCUCUCCCCAGGGACGUUCACCUGGUGCCUUCCUUAUACACCUGUAGGCACCAGGUGAAACCGUUCCUCUGUAACCAGGCCUUUGCCUGAUUGACAUCCAAGGCCCUGUUAAAUGUGUUGCGAGAGGGGGGUGGUGUUUGUUCUUGCUUUUAUUACCUGUGUGGCUGGUGUGUUUUUUCUGCGGCCUACCCCGAGAUCUUCGGAUGAAUGGUUUUAGCUUUCUUCUGUCUCUUCUUUCCAGGCUGUGAUCCAGAACCCCUUCAGCAAUGGCGGGAGCCCGGCCACGGAUGCCGUCAGCGGCGAGGCCCGGUUUGCGUACUUCCCUGCCUCCACGGUGGGGGACGCCACAGCGGUGUCGGUGCAGACGACAGAUCAGUCGCUGACGCAGGCCGGAGGUAGGGAAGUGAGAAGGCCCAAGCCAUCUCUCCCCUCUUCUUUCCAGAGCAGGAUCCUGAAGUCUGGUCCACAAGGGGCAAUUUGCACAGGGGCCAUCUCCACAGACCCAGGGCCCAUCCACACUAUCCAUUUAAAGCAGGAUUGUACCAUUUUUAACAGCCGUGGCUUCCCACAAAGACUCUGGUUUGUGAACGGUGCUGAGAAGGUUUUAGGAGGACCCCUAUUCCCCCCCCAGAGCUAGAAUUCCCAGCGUUUCACAUUCCAGGGAAUGUAGCUCUGAGGAGAAUAGGGGGUCGCCCUACAACUCCCAACACCUUUUGAGGUGGUCGUACAAGGCUCUCCCUCUCCUCACUUUAUCCUUGCCAUGACUAUAUUUGAAGCCAUCUUCAAAUAUCUCAAGGGCUGUCACAUGGGAGAUGGAGCAAGUUUGUUUUCUGCUGCUCUGGAGGAGGGCAGGGCCCGAACCAAUGGCUUCAUGUUACAAGAAGGGCAAUUCCGACUAAACACAAGAAGAGCUGUUCGACAGUGGGGAGAUUUUAAACAGAGGUUGGAUGGUCCUUUGUCAUGGAUGCUUUAGUUGAGAUUCCUAUCUACAACAUAACAUAACAUAACAUAACAUAGCAUAGCAUAGCAUAGCAUAGCAUAACAUAACAUAACAUAACAUAACAUAACAUAACAUAACAUAACAUAACAUAACAUAACAUAAUCUACAUGGUGCCUAGGGAACAACUUGCACCUUAAUAUCAGCAAGACAAAGGAGAUGGUGUUGGACUUUAGGAGGAAGAGAGGAGAACUAGCCCCGCUGUACAUCAGGGAGAGCUGUGUGGAGAGAGUCUCUUCCUUCAAAUUCCUAGGAAUUUAUCUCAGUGAAGACCUUACUUGGAAAAUAAAUACAGCCCAGGUGGUCAAGAAAGCCCAAAAGAGACUCCAUCUCCUCAGAAUAUUGCGAAGGAACGAUGUCAAUCAACAUUUAAUGAUCUCCUUCCACUGGUCAACAAUAGAAAGUGUCCUUUCAUACUGCAUCACGGUGUGGUACGCUGGUUUGACAUCGACUGAUAGGAAGUGCCUACAGAGAGUGGUGAAUACAGCACAAGAUAUUAUGGGCUGUCCCAUGAAUCCUCUGGAUGAAAUAGCAGAAGAAGGUUGCCUCAGGAGAGUGAGGAAAAUUCUCAGGGUUGAUUCACACCCUGGCCAGCACUUUUUUGAUCUCCUGCCCUUGGGCAGAAGAUAUAGAAGCCUGAUUAGUCGCACCAGCAGGGUAAAGAACAGCUUCUAUCCGGGGGCUGUUAGGCUGCUGAAUGAAAAGAUAACAACAGGGCAACUGACUUUUGGGUUUGGUGGGUGUGCGUCAGUAAACAAGGGGAAUUAAGACUAAGAGAGCUGAGUGGGGGGUGCUCGUGUAAUCUCACUGUAUACAAGUUGUACAAGUGACAAUACAGUAUUCCAAUUUGAAUUCCUGCAUUGCAGGGGGUUGGAAUAAAGGACCCUCGGGGUCCCGUCCAACUCUCCGAAUCCUUGACCCCGUGAGGAAGGUUAGGCCGAGAAAAUGUGACUGGCCUAAGUGAGCUUCAUGGCUGAGUGGGGAUUCGAAUCCAGAUCUCCCCGGCCCUAGUCCAACACUGAACCACUACAUUGAGCUCAAGGCAGCAUAUACUGGCUGCUCGUCCCCUGCUCCUGUUUUCUCCUCACAACAGCCAUGUAAGGUAGGUCAGGGGAGUGAGUGGCCCAAAGGCAUCCAGCGCGGUUCAUGUAUAUGUGAGUGGAGAGUUGAUCCUGGCUCAUCCCAGUCCUAAAAUAAAAGGGAGGCAAGGGUUUCUCCGCAGCCAGCUGGCUCUCCCUUCCUCUUGCUGUUCCUUUCAAAAUAGCAAGCUUAAUUUCUCUUCUGUGUUGCUCCCCGUAGGCCAAUUCUACGUGAUGAUGACCCCGCAGGACGUGCUGCAGACAGGGACGCAACGUACCAUCGCCCCCCGAACCCACCCCUAUUCCCCGUAUGUAUGGCUCCAGGAAGGGAACAAAGAGGGAGGGUUGACGAGUCAGGAGCACAGCUGUCUAGCUCCCUGACCCCCAAUGAUGGCUGUUCCCAAAGGGCCAAGGAAGCGGGGAGCCAGGGAGCCAAACUAAGAGAAUUGGAAGCUGUGUUACGCUGAGUCAGUCCAUCCAGCACAGUACUGCCUGCACUGGGCAGGCAGUGCUUCUCAAACUGUAGUCCAUCUGUUCCUGGACUACAACUCCCAUCAUUCCCAGCGAGCAGGGGAUGAUGGGAGUUGUAGUCCAGGAACAGAUGGACUAUAGUUUGAGAAGCACUGCUGUCGGGUUUGGGGCAAGAGUCUCUCCCAGUCUUAACUGGAGAUUCUAAGGACUGAAGCUGGGACUUUGGGAUGCAGCUCUACUUAACCGACCCCAGAAAGAAUGUUUGCACCCCUUUUAAAGGCAGGGGGCGGUGCAUUGUUCCCACGGCCCACGCUCUGCCAAUGGAAAGGGAGAUUUGGAGCAUUUUCCUUGCCCCUUUCAUAUUCGCAUCCUGGCACUGCACCGCUGCGUCCGAGACGUGAGCAGGGUCUGUGCCCCCUUCCCUGUCCCCCUCCUGAUUUCCCCCACCCCCAUGCCUUUGCUUUGAAAACCUAGGAAAAUGGACGGGACGCGGACGCCGCGGGACGAGAGGAGACGAGCCCAGCACAACGAAGGUGCGCAGAACAGCCAAACAGCCUGAACCAUCCCUUUAAAAAAAUAAAAAUCAAAUAGCACAUUCAGAUCGUUCUGGGAUUUCUUGCCCUCUGGGGCCGCAGAACCUGAGGAGAGGGUUUUUACGUGCUUGCAGGGACAGCCACACUGCCGGCAGCCUCCCCCGGAAAGUUUAAAGCUUAAUUUUUUGUAGCAGGGCGCUUUUAAGGGGGGGAAGCUCCCUGUUUUUCUUACUUCCCAUCAAAGCUGUGCCUCUCCUCGCCCACGCUUCCUUAAUUACCAGGGCCUGAUGCUCUCCACAAGCACCCACUAAUAACUGUGGUGGAUUUGAGUUAGCUCAGUUCUUCAUGGAGGUGCCAUUCCCACCCAAACACCCCAACCAAGCUGGUACCCUCCAUAGGCUUUGGUCUACAACUUUUACCAGCCCCUACUAAUAUGGCCGAGGGCCAGGAAUGAUGGACACAGUAGACCAGCAUCCUCUCCAACUCAGAGGAGAUUGCUCAGGUGUUCCACCUGGCGGCGGGGAACCUUGUAGCCUGCAGCCCAGCUGUGGCUUGUAGCUUAAUAAUUAUAAUAAUUUUGGAUGUGUUGUAAGGUUGGAUUUCAGCUGGCCUGAGGUGUACUUCCAAAGCUCUCUUCUCCUUUGAAUGAGCAGAUUGGGUCGGGUGGUUUGCUGUGGCCCCUGAUUUAUUUUUAAUUGGGGGGGGGAGGGGGUGGCAAUGAUCCCCAAAAGGUACAGUGGUACCUUGGUUCUCAAACUGAAUCCAUUCCAGUAGUCUGUUCCAAAACCAAAGCGUUCCAAAACCAAGGCGCACUUUCCCAUAGAAAGUAAUGCAAAACGGGUUAAUCCGUUCCAGACUUUUUAAAAAAACAAUCCCUAAAACAGCAAUUUAAUAUGAAUUUUACUAUCUAACGAGACCAUUGAUCCAUAAAAUGAAAGCCAUAAACAACGUACUGCAGUCACACAAUCAAGCAAUCAGUAGCUGAACUGGGUUCCACACAGUCACCAAAAAAAGCAAAAUAAAUAGCGAAAACAGACAGAUCUCAGCGUAACACUCAAAACAGAAGCAUGGCACUCAAAACGGAGCACAUUCGGCUUCCAAAGAAAGUUUGCAAACCAGAACACUUCCGGGUUUGCAGUGUUUGGGUGCCAAGUGGUUUGAGAACCAAGGCGUUUGAGAACCAAGGUACCACUGUUUCUUUUAUUAGAAAAAGUUCCCUUGUCUAACCAGUUCCCUGUUUUCUCUUUGCCUCCCCCUCUCUAGUUGAACGGAGGAGGCGGGACAAAAUCAACAACUGGAUUGUCCAGCUGUCGAAAAUCAUUCCAGACUGCAAUACAGACAACAGCAAGACGGGGGCGGUGAGGGCAACUUCUGGGCAGGACAUGAAUGCCGGGAGGGUUGUUGGUUUGGGAGGAGUUGCUGGCUACUGCUGCAGGUGGCAGGCUGAUUCUUCUUGGGACAGUUUAUAUUGGGAGAGGCUGUUUGAGGGGGUGUAAUGCCCUCUGUCCCCCCCCCCCCCCCGGCUGUCAGAUUCUAUUGCAGCGGGCAAUUUUACCUGUUCUGAUCAUGGCAUGGCAUUUAGGCAAUGUGUUCUGUGUGUCCCCACAGAGUAAAGGAGGCAUUCUGUCUAAAGCCUGCGACUACAUCCGUGAACUGCGCCAGACGAACCAGCACAUGCAAGAGACUUUCAAAGAAGCUGAGCGGCUGCAGAUGGACAACGACUUGUUACGGCAACAGGUACCUGAGCACUCCAAACCUGCCCUCCCCAGUAACAAAGACCCAUUGCUGAGAUGGCCUAGCCUACUCACAGGGCUGUUGUGAUGAUAAAAUGGGGAACGCGAUGCGCACCACCUUGACAUGACCUCCUUGGAGGGGGAAAGUGGUAUACAGUGGUUCUCGAACUUAAUCUGUUCCGAAGGUCCGUUCGAAACCAAAGCGUUCCAAAACCAAGGUGCGCUGUCCCAUAGAAAGUCAUGCAAAAUAGAUUAAUCCGUUCCAGACUUUUAAAGACAACCCCUGAAACAGCAGUUUAACAUGAAUUUUGCUAUCUAACGAGACCAUUGAUUCAUAAAUUGAAAGCAAUAAACAAUGUACUGCAGUCACACAACCAGUCAAUCAGUAGCUGAACUGGGUUCCACAGUCACAAAAACAAAACAAAAAGUGCAGCAAAAAUGCAAAAUAAAUAGCAGAAACAGACAGACCUCAGCGUAACACUCAAAACAGAAGUGUGGCACUCAAAAUGGAAACGUAAUACUCAAAACGAAGCACGUUCGGCUUACGAAGUAAGUUCGCAAACUGGGACACUUACUUCCAGGUUUGCAGUGUUUGGGUUCCAAGUUGUUUGAGUACCAAGGCAUUUGAGAACCAAGGUACCACUGUGUAAACAAUUUUUUAAAAAAACUAAUUACCUCUCUUAUCUCCCCCCCCCCCCCCGCCCCCACAGAUCGAGGAGCUGAAGAACGAAAACGCCCUUCUCAGAGCACAGUUGCAGCAACACGGGAUCGAGAUUGUGGGAGAUGCCCCUGGGCAGUAGCCCCCCCCCCAGCUGCCCACUUUGCCACUGCCUCUUUACACAGGAUCUCAGCCUCCAGUUCUACUCAUCCUUUUGUACAGAGAACCCCCUCUGCUCUGAACAAACGUUGCCUGCCUUCCCCUCGCAUUGGGGGUAAACCGAGGGGAGCGGCAAAAAAUCCGGGGAGUGGGGGUGGAAGAGUCUGAUCAAGGGUCUCGUCAGCCCAGCCACACCAGCCUUCUCCCUCCAAUCUCACUUCCUGUUGUCUUCCCCUCCUGACUUCCUUCCUCUCCUUAGGAUACGUUAAGAUUAAACAGACAAAAGAUGCAUUUUUUUAUAGUAGAUUUUUAACACAGGUUAGCCAGUUUCCACUUGCCUCCCCUUUUCCCCACUGGAUCUGUGGGGUGGGGACAUUCCCCCCUCCUCUGAGAUGGGCUGUUUCAAAAGCUAUCGGAUUCUGUCUUCUUUCUUCUGACCUUCUUGCCGGUUCGAAGCCUCCCUGAGGGCGAACCCAUCAUGUUGAUUUGGGCCCAUGGGGGAAAAAAAGGAGUAGGGGUUUGGGUUUCUCAGGUUUGGCUGCUAGCGCAAGAGUGGGUGAGGUUGACACCCCCCCCCCCGCGGUUUGGACACGAUCCGCAGGUUAAGUAGACACCCCACCCCUGCCUUUGAGGUGCCCUGAAAUGAAUGCUCUUCAGGUGAAACUCAGUAGCAGGUUAGUUGGAAUUGGACUUGCAGUCAGGCCAACGGCUUAUUUUAUGGAGGGAGCCUUGUGCCAUGAACCGGGGGGAGGUUGCAGUUCAGUUUUGCCUCUCCGGCCAUGUCCACUAACUCUACCCCUCUGUUUUCCCACCACUCUAAAACUUGUAAAAUAAUAAUGAUUAAGGCACAACAGAGUUCAGUCCUAAAUCUUACUACUGUCUCCCUUCCCUCCCUCCACCCCUUUAUUUCCUUCCUUUCCUUCUUUCUCUUUCCUUCCUUCCUUCUUUCCUUCUUUCUUUCUUGUAAGUAAUCUCUUAUUUUAUUAGUUCCCAAGCGCGUUUGUAUAGAGGUACGGUGUUUGUAUGAUAGCUGAAACCCAGGCCAUUAGAAAGAGGUUUUUUUUAGUGGUGGAUUGACUUGACAACAGGGUUGCUUUUGUGUGUGUUUUUUGAUAUUAUAUAAUUUUUUAAUUAAACUUCAGCAGUGUUUUAGAUUUCAGGUUAAGAAAAUAAUAAUAAUCAGGAGAUGGGUUUUGUUUUUUUAAGAAAAGAAGCAAUCUCCUAUAUUUUGGGUUUCCUACCCCGCCCCCUGCUUUCACACAGAAUUUUUUUUAAGAAAAGAAGAUAAAUGGUUCCUAAAAAUUAUAAAAUAUUAUUAUUGUAAUAGCAAGUUCCUUAGGUUUGAUUUUUUUUUGUUUGUUUCAUUUUAUAUCUCUAUAUACCAGCCCUCCUGGAGAAAAAAAUUACAUAUGUCCAGGAUUGUAACUGGAUUUGUGGUAAUGUUUGUACCCAAAUAUCAGUCUUGCUCCAACCCUCUAUGAAUGUGAGGAGGAAGAGAUGAAGAGAGGUUAAAUCGCAGGGGUUGGGGGAAACAAAUGGUAUAUCAAAAAAGGAAAAAAAAGUUGGCUUGCAGAGUUUGAUCGUUGGAAAGUAGGAAGAAAUUCUGUUUAUAUAUAAAAGGAAAAGAGAAAAAACCUGCACAGAAAUAAUAUUGUAUCAAAUCGU